AAGAAGAAGAAGAAGAAGAAGAAGAAGAAGAAGAAGAAGAAGAAGAAGAAGAAGAAGAAGGACAAGAAGGACAAGAAGGACAAAAGAAGAGGUGAGUGGAUUAAACCUCUUAGUUUACAGUUAAUCACGAAUCAGAAGUUAUCUUAUUUAACACAACAGCUGUAAUCUUCAGUCUAACAGCUACAGUCUGAAAGCUAACGGCUAACGGCUAACAGCUACAGUUAUUAUUCCAGUUCGGCUCUGGGGGAGUAACAGUUGAUUUGUAAUGCUCAGCUGACUUUAUGUUAGUUAUUUAUUACACCAGUUGUCUUUAAGACGGUUUGAGUUGUUGUGUUGGUGCUCUUUACCAUAUAUAUGGUUUUAAAUGUAUGCUAACUAGCUUAUUAGCAUCGCCAUUCACGUGACGUAGCAUUUUUCCCAUUGAAAUGAAUGGGGUUCUUCAGUUAGCAGCUAACGCUAAGCUAAGCGACGGUUUAGCUCAUUAGAUAAAUAGAUAUACUUUAUUUAAAUAAUGAUUUAUCUUAAAGUGGGAAAUGAAUGUGUCACAGCAGAAGUGUUUUCAGGCAUUACACGAGUUAAACAUAUUUAAAAGAUGCAAUAAGAUAUAAUACAAAUGAAGCAUUAGCAGCAAGUAUACACACAGGACACAUAUCACUAGAGUAUCUAAAGAAUACACAAUAUACAGAAAAUACUGUAUACAUGGAGUACAUUAAACAGUCUCACUAGCUAAUGUUUGCUUUCUGUGUUAACUUAGUGAUAGUUACACACGGAUAGCGCUAUAACAGUGGUUCAAACAUCCAUUAAUGUCACUUUCUAUGUGAAUAAAGUCAUUUUAAUGAAAUAAAAGUGAACAAACUGUGAGCUGUAAGUUAGAAUGUAAGUUGCUACACAGAUUAUGAUGAAUUAUAUCUAAAUAUUUGUAUUAUAUUAAUAAUAAUUUACACAGAAAACCAACUUGUUAUCGUAAUGGUUAAAGUAAUGUGCAUGUAACGUUAAUAACUAUCUGACCUUUCUAUCAUGUUCUCCUCUGCUUAGCAUCACAUUGACUAAAUGGAUCAAUUUGGACCAUGUUUACGUCACAGCAGCAUAGAUAAGACAAGGCACUGCACAUGGUGUGAUAAAACACUACAUAUAAGCAUCUAGAAAUAGAACAUAUCAUUGAAUAAACUCUUUGAAUUCCUCCUCUUCACUGCUGACAGUUUAUGAUGAAUUAUAUCUAAAUAUUUGUAUUAUAUUAAUAAUGAAGCAGCUCUGUGGUCUUCAUCAGGACAGCUGAUGAGCAGCAUGGAGGAGAAGAAAGAGACCCCUGGAGCUCAGAAACCAAAAGGAAGAGAGAGACGUCACAGCUGUCAGCAAUGUGACAAAUCCUUUACAACAUCUGGAACUUUAAAGAGCCACCUGUGUAUUCACACAGGACAAAAACCGUACAGCUGUGAAGAGUGUGGGACAACUUUCAAUAGAUCAGGUCAUCUCAAAAGACAUCAACGUAUUCAUACAGGAGAAAAACCUUACAGCUGUGAAGAGUGUGGGACAACUUUCACUCAAUCAGGUGAUCUCAAAACACAUCAACGUAUUCAUACUGGAGAAAAACCUUACAGCUGUGACGAGUGUGGGACAAGUUUCACUAGAUCAGGUCAUCUCAAAAUACAUCAACGUAUUCAUACUGGAGAAAAACCUUACAGCUGUGAAGAGUGUGGGACAACUUUCAGUACAUUAGGUGCUCUCAAAACACAUCAACGUAUUCAUACUGGAGAAAAACCUUACAGCUGUGAAGAGUGUGGGACAAGUUUCACUAGAUCAGGUCAUCUCAAAAUACAUCAACGUAUUCAUACUGGAGAAAAACCUUACAGCUGUGAAGAGUGUGGGACAAGAUUCACUACAUCAGGUGCUCUCAAAAUACAUCAACGUAUUCAUACUGGAGAAAAACCUUACAGCUGUGAAGAGUGUGGGACAUCUUUCAGUACAUCAAGUGCUCUCAAAUCACAUCAACUUAUUCAUACUGGAGAAAAACCUUACAGCUGUGAAGAGUGUGGGACAACUUUCACUCAAGCAGGUGCUCUCAAAUCACAUCAACGUAUUCAUACUGGAGAAAAACCGUACAGCUGUGAAGAGUGUGGGACAACUUUCACUAGAUCAGGUGCUCUCAAAUCACAUCAACUUAUUCAUACUGGAGAAAAACCUUACAGCUGUGAAGAGUGUGGGACAACUUUCACUCAAGCAGGUGCUCUCAAAUCACAUCAACGUAUUCAUACUGGAGAAAAACCUUACAGCUGUGAAGAGUGUGGGACAACUUUCACUAGAUCAGAUGCUCUAGAAUCACAUCAACGUAUUCACACUGGAGAAAAACCUUACAGCUGUGAAGAGUGUGGGAAAACUUUCACUACAUCAGGUGCUCUCAAAAUACAUCAACGUAUUCAUACUGGAGAAAAACCUUACAGCUGUGAAGAGUGUGGGACAACUUUCAGUACAUCAGGUUCUCUCAAAUCACAUCACCGUAUUCACACUGGAGAAAAACCUUAUUGGUGUGAAGAGUGUGGGAAAACUUUCACUACAUCAGGUACUCUAGAAUCACAUCACCGUAUUCACACUGGAGAAAAACCUUACUGUUGUGAAGAGUGUGGGAAAACGUUCACUACAUCAAGUGCUCUCAAAAAACAUCUUCGUAGCCACCUGUGUAUUCACACAGGAGAAAAACCGUACAGCUGUGAAGAGUGUGGGACAACUUUCACUAGAUCAGGUGAUCUCAAAAUACAUCAACGUAUUCAUACUGGAGAAAAACCUUACAGCUGUGAAGAGUGUGGGACAAGUUUCACUAGAUCAGGUGAUCUCAAAAUACAUCAAUGUAUUCAUACUGGAGAAAAACCUUACAGCUGUGAAGAGUGUGGGAAAACUUUCACUACAUCAGGUGCUCUAGAAUCACAUCAAGUUAUUCAUACUGGAGAAAAACCUUACAGCUGUGAAGAGUGUGGGACAACUUUCACUCAAGCAGGUGCUCUCAAAUCACAUCAACAUAUUCAUACUGGAGAAAAACCUUACAGCUGUGAAGAGUGUGGGACAAGAUUCACUAGAUCAGGUGCUCUCAAAAUACAUCACCGUAUUCAUACUGGAGAAAAACCUUACAGCUGUGAAGAGUGUGGGACAUCUUUCAGUACAUCAGGUGCUCUCAAAUCACAUCCUAUUCACACUGGAGAAAAACCUUACAGCUGUGAAGAGUGUGGGAAAACUUUCACUACAUCAGGUGCUCUAGAAUCACAUCAACGUAUUCACACAGGAGAAAAACCUUACAGCUGUGAAGAGUGUGGGAAAACUUUCACUAGAUCAGGUGAUCUCAAAAUACAUCCUAUUCAUACUGGAGAAAAACCUUACAGCUGUGAAGAGUGUGGGAAAACUUUCACUCAAGCAGGUGAUCUCAAAACACAUCAACGUAUUCAUACUGGAGAAAAACCUUACAGCUGUGAAGAGUGUGGGACAACUUUCACUAGAUCAGAUGCUCUAGAAUCACAUCAACGUAUUCACACAGGAGAAAAACCUUACAGCUGUGAAGAAUGUGGGAAAACUUUCACUACAUCAGGUGCUCUCAAAAUACAUCAAUGUAUUCAUACUGGAGAAAAACCUUACAGCUGUGAAGAGUGUGGGACAACUUUCACUAGAUCAGAUGCUCUAGAAUCACAUCAACGUAUUCACACAGGAGAAAAACCUUACAGCUGUGAAGAGUGUGGGAAAACUUUCACUACAUCAGGUGCUCUCAAAAUACAUCAAUGUAUUCAUACUGGAGAAAAACCUUACAGCUGUGAAGAGUGUGGGACAACUUUCACUACAUCAGGUCAUCUCGAAAGACAUCAACGUAUUCAUACUGGAGAAAAACCUUACUGGUGUGAAGAGUGUGGGACAACUUUCACUACAUCAGGUCAUCUCGAAAGACAUCAACGUAUUCAUACUGGAGAAAAACCUUACUGGUGUGAAAAGUGUGGGAAAACUUUCACUACAUCAAGUGAUCUCAAAAGACAUCUUCGUGUUCACUCAGGAGAAAAACCAUAGUGGUUCUAAGAGUGUAGGAGCCGCAAUUAAGCAUAUUUUGUUUUUUUCACAGUUUACAAUAAACAAUUCCCAUCUAUUG